GAUGUCAAACUUGGGACAAUUUGACUCCGAUUUUUACCAAUCUAAUUAUACUAUUGAUAAUCAGGACCAGAGUUCUGAAGAUUCUAAUGCCUAUGGAAAUAUUUAUGCAUCUAGAGGACAGCAAGCCAGUGAGCAGCCCCAGCCUGCCUUUGUCCCACAAGAGAUGCCCAUGUCAUCAGGUUACGAGGGACAAUUUUUCCAGCCAGCAUCCAACCCAGAUUAUUAUUCACAAUCUUCUUACAUUGACAGUUUUGAUGAAGAGCCUCCUUUGCUAGAAGAUAAUACCUUUUUUAUUUUUGCAGAACUUGGAAUUAAUUUUAACCACAUAUGGCAAAAAUCCUUGACUGUGUUAAACCCCCUGAAGCCAGCAGAUGGCAGCAUUAUGAAUGAAACGGACCUCACUGGGCCCAUCCUGUUUUGUGUCACUCUGGGAGCCACCUUACUUCUGGCAGGAAAAGUUCAGUUUGGUUAUGUGUAUGGCAUGAGUGCCAUAGGCUGCCUAGGGAUUUACACCUUACUGAACUUGAUGAGUUCUUCAGGGGUGUCUUACGGCUGCGUGGCAAGCGUACUGGGUUACUGCCUGCUCCCCAUGGUCAUCCUGUCCAGCUGCGCCAUCUUCUUUUCACUUCAGGGAAGCUUUGGAACUGUGUUGGCUCUGGUCAUCAUUGGCUGGUGUAGUCUCUCAGCUUCCAAAAUCUUCAUUUCAGCCUUGAACAUGGAAGGACAACAGCUGCUCAUUGCCUACCCUUGUGCUUUACUUUAUGGACUUUUUGCUCUCCUCACAGUUUUCUGAGGAGUAUUUGAGAUGGUGGUUCAAGAUUCUGUUUGUUUCCUGUUCACGUUAUCCUGGAAAUGUAUUAGCAUUCAAAUUUGGUGAUGUGGUUGGUUUCUGCUUUAUGGCUAUUGAGAGAAUAAUAAGCAAAGAGACAAAA